AUGGUUCUACCUAUGCGUGCAGCGCCCAUUAGGGUGUUGCCUUCGCGGACGGUUCUAUUCUGUGCUGCGAAUUUGAUGGUGGGAUCCAGGAAUACCGGGGUGAGAAGAUUUUCGGAGAUGAAGAGUGAUACAAAGUAUGAGGCUGUGGUUGUCGGUGCUGGCCCAGCAGGUAUUGCCGUAGUAGGCAACCUAUUGGAACAAAAGAAAAGCCCUAUUCUAUGGAUUGAUCACGAAUUGAAAGCUGGCCGUCUCAACAAAUACUACAGAGAAGUUCCAAGUAACACCAAGGUCAAACGCUUCAUAUCAUAUGCUGAAGGCGUAGCACCAUUUGUGCAAGUGGCUAAAGAGACGCCUACCCCCAAUGCAUACACUCAUCUCAAGAGUCUUGAUGAAGAAGAUACUUGUCACAUUGCCCAAGCAGCAGACCUCUGUCUCAUGCUCACCAAAGGCUUAAAUGAGUCGAAAGGAGUCCACAAGCAGCUUGGUGACGUGUCUGGUGCAUCGUGGUCAGAUUCCAACAGCUGGAACAUAACCGUCGACUCGCUAGAUGAGAAAUUUCCCAAUCCGACAAAUGUUUCCGCCGACUUACUCGUCUUGUGCACCGGCUCCUCACCAACUACCAGGCCACUUCCUGUAGACAACCUGGUGGACAUUGGUCUCGAUCCAGCUUUGAACCCACCUCUCCUCUCCAAUAUUCUCCCCAACAAGGAAACCCAGACGGUAGGCGUCAUCGGUGCCUCUCACAGUGCCAUCCUCGUCCUCCGAAACCUCUACAAUCUGGCCAGCUCAUCACAUCCAAAUCUCAAGGUCCUAUGGUUCACUCGUCACCCGCUGCGCUAUGCUGAAGAGCGCGACGGCUGGAUCUUUCGAGAUAACACUGGGUUGAAAGGUGCAGUCGCUACAUGGGCUAAAGAGAACCUCGAGGAAGAUGUCAUGUCCUCUUCAGAUGUCAGCAAAAACAUCAAGAAGAUUGACACGCGUACAGAUGAAGAAGGAGCAUAUCAGCGUUUCUUGCCUACAUGCACGCAUGUUGUUCAAGCAGUGGGAUUCAAGCAAGACAAAGUGCCUGUACUGAAGAGAAAUGGGGAGGAGUUGGAAAUUAAGUAUAACAAUAGAACGGCUGGAUUUGCGGACAGAAAGGGCGAGAAGGUAAAGGGAUUGUAUGGGGCUGGAAUUGCGUGGCCGGAGCAGGUUACUGAUCCAGAGGGGAAUGUUGAGCUUGCGGUUGGGUUGGCGAAGUUCAUGAACUAUUUGAAGAGGGUUACACCGGAGUGGACUUCGAAGUAG